AUGAAACUUUGUGUUUUUCUACUCAUCAUAAUCACCAGUGGGAUUGUGCUGCUUCUUCCUGCACUGGGAAACUUCUGGCACAGACGUAUCACAGAUAUGGUAGAUAUUGAGCAGUGCUGGGUGCAGCCUACACCAAAGUAUUGUAGAAAAAAGUGCACCAAGACCCGGGAAUGUUUACUUGUAAAUCACACAUGCUGCUGGACCUACUGUGGAGAAAUCUGUAUGGACAAUGGAGAACCCUUUACAUCAUUGCUAGAUGACAAGAAAUGA